AUGACACGCUGGGUUUCCCCUCCCACUCCCAGAUCAAAGGCGAACGCCAUUGCGGCCGGCGUCAUCGGCGCCGUUGUAGGGGCGGGCGUUCUCCUCCUCGUCGUUCUCCAUCUCGUCCGCCGUCGCAAGCGCCGUCAGGAUCAAGCGACCGGCCGUCAUCGUCGUGAACAGCAACUGCAAGUUCUGCAUGCUUCCCGCCAUCGUCCCCACCUUGUUCCAACCUUCGAACCGACCGAAGACGUCCAAGUCAUCACUCCUCACCCCGCACCUUCCCGCCCGUCCCCCUCCUCCCGCUCGUCAACGGACAGAAUCUCGAGGUCUAAAACAGCCAAACCUCGGGGCCCGCGUGAUCGACAGGGCACCACAAAGACGCCCAUCGUCGCUAAGAAGCAGAGCUCGGCCCUCUCAGAGGAGCCUCGUAGGCCUCAGGCCAAUGCCCCUGGCAUCGUGAACAAUUCAGAGGCUGCUACCUCUGGUCGGCAUCGCGCAGUAGAUAUGGAGGACGCCGGCGAGAACGAGUUGCUGCCGCCUGAGUACAAGGAGGAGUGGGGUCAGAGACAUUCUGCAGCUUUGGAGGAAGCUCGAGUUGUUGAUCCCUUGGGAAAAGGCGGGCGUCUGGGCUGA